AUGAAACGAAUGAGCCAUUGUAGUGUACAAUCAACCAUUUACUACACAAUACUCACCGUUUAUAAGUUCAAAGAUGCAUUCCAUUCGAAUUAAUAAAGUGAUCGAUCAAAUGAUUUCUUUCUUUCGUCGUAUUGGCAUUUGGCAUGGAGAAGACAUGCCUAAAAUGGGUCAACUACGACUGAAGUCCUUCUAUAGCAUCUAUUACCUGUUUUUUUUCAUAUCAUUCUCGGUUGGAGCUAUUAAAAAAGAAACCGUUGAUGAGAGUAUCUUCUUAGCGGAAGUAGCAGUUAUUGUCUCAGUUAUGACUACCAAAAUUUGGAUGUUGCUUUGGAAGCAGAAGCAAAUUAUGGCGUUGCUAAAUCGAAUUUGUGUAUUUUCAAUUAGAAAUGAUGAAGAGUUUGCAUAUUUCAAUGACAAAGUGGAUAGAUUCGUCAAAUUUGUGAUUGUAUUUGCAUGUGCUACUAUCGUUGGUUCGUUGGGAAAUGCGAUUUUCCCAUUUAUUGGAAAAGAGAAGAAACUUAUCGUGGACAUUGCAUUUCCAUUAGAUUGGAAAAAUAGUGAAAUUGCCUUUUGGAUGGCGUACAUUUUCUUCGUUUCCGAAAAUAUUCUCUCGAUUCUGGCAAUAACGUUGUCAGUUGUAAUUUGGUACCUUUUGCUACAUUGCUCCUUAAGGUAUAAAAUUUUAGGAAUGGAAAUAAGAAACAUGGGACGAAUUACAAGUGGCGGUAAUGGAAAAAUGUCGGUCAAGAAACAGAAGAGCCUUUUUUAUGAGGACUUAGUGGCGGCAAUUAAAUUUCACCUUCAUUUAAGGGGAUUAAUCGACGAACUGGAGUCAUUUUUAUCAAAAUUAUUUCUGUUACAAUUUGCCACCAGUGGUGUCUGUAUUUGUGGUUCAAUUUAUUGCUUGGCCUUUGAUGUUGCUGUCAACUUUGUGGAACGCAUAGUUCAUGUCUAUUCGCUUUUCUACAACACUGCUGAGUUGUUAAUGAUAACGUACUUAGGGAAUGAUAUUUUGCUGUCGAGUAGCGAUCUUACCUACAGUUUGUUUGAAUCGGAAUGGAUCGGACAACCACAAUCGACCCAGAAGUGCAUAGUCAUUUUUGGUGAAUAUUUGAAGCAAUCGCAUGAGAUGCUAAUCGGUAAAUUGUAUCCGUUGACUUUGGAAACAUUUACUAGGAUUCUGAAUUCGUCCUACAGCUUGUUCAACAUUUUGAAAAACACUAAACAAUAAAAAUGGACGGAGUAGGAACAGCGGAUCUGGUUAUGCAUUUGAAUGUAUUGUAACACAAAAAAAAGUCUCAGCAUUCACAGAUCUAUAGAAAUAAUGAAAGACA